GUUAAGAGCUUAGUAGGCUUAUCUGCAUGGUUGAGAUAAAAUUGGCCCUCUCAUGUCAAAAUAGCCAGUCCACAAAAGAAAUCGGCGAGGUAGCUAAAAUGGAGCCCCAUGGGAGAAUUUUCUUUUUCAUUUUAGUGAUUGCAGUUGGCUGCAGGGCAGUGAAUGUGGGUGAGAGCUGCGAAACACCCACAGAUUUGUGCACUACUCCGAAUUCAAUUUGUGAUGAAGCAACAAAGACGUGCGUUUGCAUGGAGAGAUUGUGGUUUGAUGAAUCUGCAUGCGUCAGUGCUUUGGAAAAUAGUUGUACAAACGAUGACGUCCAAGAUGCGUGUGCAGAAAUUCCGUAUGCUCUCUGCCAGGACACCCUGACCAACAAAAAGUGCCAGUGCGAAAACAACUAUGUUCCAUUUUCAGACCCCUUGAUUCCUGACUCUCCUAACAUCUUCUGCGCAGCCUCGAGUAUUGGAAAUGAUCACUGUCUUGAAGCCGGCCAGUGCCUAAAUAUCGCAAACAGCGAGUGCAUUAAUUCAAGGUGCACAUGCAAAGCAGGCUUUGUACCAAACGGCGACUCGUCCUGCAUUGCAGCUGCCAGCUUCCUUGGCGAUCCGUGCUCGACAAACGAUCAAGUCUGCGAGGCACUGGACGAGAACGCCGAGUGUUCCACUGAUGGAAAGUGCGCGUGUAAAGCGUUUUAUUUGGAAGACACUCUCGGCGAGAAAUGCCUACCUGUGGCAAGGAAAAUUGGUGACGAAUGUUCGGCCAGAGUUCAGUGCACUUCAAUUUUGGGAGCAGGCGCGCAAUGCUCAUCAGCAACAUCAGGAAUUUGCGAGUGCAGGAGCGGAUUUGUGCCAUCCCUUGAUUUAUCCUCCUGCUUAUCAAGCUCUCCCAUCGGUCAAACGUGUGUGCAGAAUCAGCAGUGCGGGGAUGCGGAAGGGUCACUCUGCAAGGAAUUCACAUGCGCGUGCAAAGAAGGAUAUGAAGUGAUCAAUUCGAAAUGCUUCAAAACUCCACAAAAUAUUGGCGAUCAAUGCGCUAUCGACGGUCAGUGCAAUACAAUCGACGUUAACGCAAAAUGCACGGAUAGCACGUGCUCGUGCGUAACAGGAUUUGUGCCGAAUGCUGAUUUUGACAAAUGUCUUCUUGGAAGCUUUGUAGUUGGUACUCCGUGCACUGAAAAUGUGCAAUGCUCUCCAAUCGCAAAUUCAGAGUGCGACAUUCUGACCAAGAGUUGUGAAUGCAAAGUGGACUAUGUGCCAUCUUCGAAUAAAUCAUCUUGCCUGAAGCCGGCGAGCGGUCUAUAUGAUGUUUGCACAGACGUGGGACAAUGUCUGGCCGUCAUCAGUGGCGAGGUUGGAUGCAUCAAAGGUGUCUGCAACUGCAAGGAGAACUGCCACUAUCAGGACAAGACAUGCUGGAAUAGCAAUCGCUUGAGUGACUCAUGCACGGACAGCCGAGAAUGCAUUUUGGCAGAUUUGAAGGACCGUGCCGAGUGUAAGGACAAUGUCUGUGUUUGCAAACUGGGCUUUGUUGCAGACCGAAAUGCCAACAAAUGCAACUCUGGUUCAAUCGUUGAUGCCGUGUUUGUGUUUCCAGUGCUUUUGACUAUACUGCUGCAAAAACUUAACUAAUGGCGUGAGACGUAAAAGAAACCAAUUAAAUUAUGACUAAAAGUUUAUAGCAAUACAUAAUAUAUAUUCGUCUGAAGUAACAACAGAGUUUCAAUAUAAUAAAAUUCACUUAAUAGGCACUUCAUGUAAGGCACAACUUCUUGUUUGCAUUUGUAUGAUGCGAGUAUCACAAUAUAACAAUAUACA